AUGGAGUCCAGAACCAGGGGCCGGGAUCACGUGACGUCAGAGGCCCUUUGUCCCGUCCCAGGCAGGUGGCAGAGGAGCAUCUUCAAAGACAGGGGAGAAUGGGGGGACUACGUCCGGGUGAUGCCCCAGGUCUGGAAGGGGGUGGUGGCGGACAAGGCCUACCUGGAGAAGGCCAUGGGCUACUUCCGGGCCAAGUACCAGGAGCCGGUCUUCGUGGUGACCAGCAACGGGAUGGAGUGGUGCCGGGAGAACAUCGACGCCUCGCGGGGAGACGUGUAUUUCUUGGGGGACGGGAAGGAGUCGUCGCCGGGGUGGGACUUUGCUCUCUUGGCUCAUUGCAACCACACGAUCAUGACCAUCGGGAGCUUCGGCAUCUGGGCCGGUUACCUGGCUGGGGGGGAGACCAUCUACUUGGCCAACUACACCCUCCCCGACUCUCCCUUCCUCCAGGUCUUCAAGCCUGAGGCCGCUUUCCUGCCCCAGUGGAUCGGGAUCGACGCCGAUCUCUCCCCGCUGCGCAGUGGGACGACUGGCUAAAGGAGCUCAGCCAGUGGCUACAGGCUGCCAACAGGAUCCACCCACCAGGACUUGGCUGGUUGGCCAAGGACUGGGCACCUGGGACCCCUGGCUGAUGCCGGCUGCCCUGGGGAGAUCGGCAGAGAUUGGAGCUGGGCUGGUGGGGUUCAGAGCCCCACACGGAUCAGCCAGUGACCU